GAUGCAGCACUUCAAUCUAACUUGCUCAUAUAAUACCCAAUUACAGUCCUCGAUAAGUGAAGAAAUAACUCAAUAAGAGAACAUGGUUUCCAGCAACAGCAGUAAUAAUGAGUGGACUUACACAGAAUCAGACAUAGCCAAAAAAUUCUCAUUCUUCAACCUCCUAAAAGACGGCCGCAUCCACGUCUUCACCUCCCUAUACGAGCGAGCACCACCGUCAGACCACCCUGUCACCACCCCUGGCGUCGAAACCAAAGACAUAACAAUCUCCCUUACCAUCUCCGCUCGAAUCUUCCUCCCUUCUUCCGCCGCCACCACCACCACCACCACCAACAAACUACCACUCCUGGUUUAUUUCCACGGUGGAGGCUUCUGCAUGCAGUCUGCCUUUUCUGUGGAGUAUUCCCUCUUUGUUUCUCAAAUUGUUGCAGAAGCCAAUGUGAUUGCUGUUUCUGUUGAGUAUAGGCUGUUUCCAAAGGACUGUAUUCCUGCUUGUUAUGAAGAUGGUUGGGGUGCGAUUCAGUGGGUGGGGUUGCAUUGUAAGGGUGGUGGACCGGAAUGUUGGAUCAAUGAUUACGCUGAUCUUGGGAGGGUGUUUGUUGGUGGUGAUUCUGCCGGAGGGAAUAUCACUCAUAACUUGGUAGCUAAGGUUGCAGAAGGACUACCAGAGAAUGUUAGAGUAGAAGGGAUGAUCUUAAUCCAUCCCUUCUUUUGGGAAGGUGAGGAGAUGUGGAUGUUCAUGUGUCCUACAAACAAGGGUCCCAAGGAUCCUAGGCUGACGCCCGCCGUAGAGGAUCUGGCUAGGAUGGGGUGUGACCGGGUUCUAGUGCUGGUGGCCGAAAAGGACGACGAGCAUUUGUACGAGGCAGGGAAAAAAUACGCCGAGAACCUGAUCAAGAGCGGGUGGAAAGGUACGGUGGCGGAGUUGAUGGAGAACAAAGGGAAGGAACAUAUUUUUCACCUUUAUGAUCCUUUGGAUCCUGAAGCCGUUGCUAUCCGACAACGCAUCUCUUCCUUUAUCCAUCAUCAUCAUCCAGACAAUAAACAUGGUAAUACGGAUGUAUUACCAUGUUUAAAUGGGUUUUAACACGAACUAAUUCGCUUAAUAACCGGUCUCCAUGGCCUUAAUCUUUUUACUUAAUACUUUAGUUAGCAAUUUUUUUUUAAAUAAACCUAGCUAGCUCGUUACUAGAGGAUCGAGUACGUGUGGAUUCGGACUUUUCGAUUAUGUUAUGUUCAUUAGUUGUUGUUCUUGUUAUGUGAAAUAAGUACAUGUAAUCGUUGUACAAUUUUCAUUGUGUAACUUAUUUGAUUUGAACCAAUCUAAAAAGUCUAAAAUCUACUUUUUAUCGAUUUUUUUCCCCUAAGAUACUCCUUUUUAAAGGAUUGUGAGAAAGUUGAACACACGUGUGUAACAUAUUAGUUGUAUAAUGUUUUUUUUUUGGGUUGCAUAACUUGCGUUGUACCGUUUCUAAGGAGAUCAUGGUUAUAAAGAUGUAAAGGAUCCUCCAAAAUCCUCAUAUAGAACUCAAGAUCAAAUAAAAGAUUUUGACAACCUUGACAAUCUUAUACGUGUAUCCAAUA